UAGGCGGAGAAUCGUAAAUGGCGUCAUAAAAUGUCAAAACCAUUAAGUUCGCAAGGUGUUUUCUCCGCGUUCGUCACAUAAAGCAUGCAUAUUCCAUAAUUUACUGAAUUGAAACCGCAUAAUCGGCCAUCAAGUUCGAUUUCUAUCUCGCGAAUGGUUCUCUAGCAAGCGGGAAGUGUGUAGUGAAGUGAAUAAAAUGCGACGAAUUUCUCGUUGUUUUUUGACUACUUUGUGCUUAGUAUUUGUGGUGUUCAUUGACUUGUCGCAAGGAUCACAAAGGUCGGGUAGUACAUUAAAUGAGGAUUACGACGGCGGUGGUGCCGGCGGCGGAGGCACCGAUGGCCACGAUGACGAGCAAGGCUAUUGUGCACCUUACAACGGGAAAGUUUGUAAAGCAUUCAUCACGGGACAAGUUUGGUAUAGUCGCGAUGAUCCCAAUGGGGGCUGGCAAAAUGAGCAAAUCACGGCGGCACUUUGGGAUGAGCUGAUUUCGGAUCUGACGGGAUUAUGUCGGAGUGCAGCUGAGAAAAUGCUGUGCGCUUACGCAUUCCCACAAUGCAUUAACGAGGACGGGAGCGCAAUUAAAUUGCCGCUUUGCUACGAGGAUUGCGUGGCAACACACCUGCAGUACUGCUACAACGAUUGGGUCCUUAUCGAAGAAAAAAAAGAGCGUGGGAUCCAUUUAAAAUCGCGAGGUCAUUUUCGACUGCCAAAUUGUGAAAUUCUUCCAAAAUAUAAUCGUUCGGCGGUUAGGCCGCCAUGCUCCUUUAUUGGCUUAACCGAAUUAGAUUCGGAUGAAAUUACCUACGACUGUCGAAUGGCAAACGGACGGUACUACCUUGGUGAUGUUAAUGUUACAAAGACUGGAAUUCCUUGUCAAAGAUGGGAUUCACAACACCCUCACAAACACAUUCAACCACCACCGGUUUUUCCACAAAUUCGAGAUGGAGGAAAUGCAUGCAGAAACGCCGGCGGCGAAGAACCUUACCCUUGGUGUUACACGAUGAAUGACUCUAUUCGAUGGCAGCAUUGUGACAUUCCUCUUUGUCCCAACUCUUCAGACACGAUUACAAGGGAUGGCAGUACGCAAAUUUCAAUGGAAACAUUUUUCACGCCGUCUAUGAUUUUUCUACUAUCUGGGAUAGGAUUUGUGGGGAUUGUUGCGUGCCAUUUAAUUGUUUUAUUAGUCUAUAGAGUAUUGGGGCACAAACGUGUACGACAACAACAUUCUGGUGGUUACAAUAUUGCAGCUACGCACGACAAUAUCGAUUUGAAUAAAUUACCAAGUAACUCGGCUUAUCAUGAAACACGGGCGCAAUUGAAUCCUAAACUGGAGAAACUGGAAUAUCCCCGAAAUAACAUCAUUUAUAUAAAAGAUUUAGGACAGGGGGCAUUUGGAAGAGUAUUUCAAGCAAAAGCUCCUGGCUUAGUGGCAGAAGAGGACUUUACUCUGGUGGCAGUGAAGAUGCUGAAGGAAGAUGCCAGUCAGGAUAUGCGACUGGAUUUCGAGCGGGAGGCAUGCCUUCUAGCUGAGUUCGAUCAUCCGAAUAUAGUUAAAUUGCUUGGAGUCUGUGCAAUCGGAAAGCCCAUGUGUUUGUUAUUCGAAUUUAUGGCUCGCGGGGACCUAAACGAGUUUCUAAGGUCAUGUUCACCGUAUAUUACGCAACGAGUAGAAACCCCACGACCAGAUGUAACUCAUCGCGAUCUACUUAGUAUUUCUCAUCAAGUGGCGGCUGGAAUGGUUUAUUUAUCUGAGCGUAAAUUCGUCCACCGUGACUUAGCUACAAGGAAUUGUUUGAUUGACGAGGAUAUGGUCGUUAAAAUCGCUGAUUUUGGCCUUUCACAUAAAAUCUAUUUACAAGAUUACUAUAAAGGUGAUGAACAUGAUGCAAUUCCAAUUCGGUGGAUGCCGCUUGAAAGCAUCCUGUACAAUAAGUAUACUAUUGAGUCGGACGUUUGGGCAUUUGGUGUCUGUUUAUGGGAGAUAUUCUCGUUUGCCUUGCAACCAUAUUAUGGUAUGACUCACGAAGAAGUUGUAAAAUAUGUUAAGGAAGGUAAUGUACUUAAUUGUCCCGAGAAUACGCCACUAGCGAUAUAUUCACUAAUGCGAAAAUGUUGGAAUCGUAAGCCAACAGAUCGGCCAAGUUUUUCUGUAAUUUAUGAAACUCUGCAGCGAAUCAUUGCAGAUUUUGACAGUAAAAACAUUCGCUGAUUUUCUGGUUAGAUCGUUUUUAUAUUUAAACUUUUAUUUCUUAUUAUCUAAGACACUGCCUUUUUACUGUAGUGGUUAAUUCUUUUUUACCUUUUACAUACUUAGUUCCUUCUAAUGAGAAAACGAUCUCGUAUUGAAGUGGGUGAUUUUAGCUCACUAUUUUAUUGAAAUUAUUUUCUUUAAGUUUUUACAAUUUCUAUAUAUACACAUUUUCCGAAAUUCUGUUUCUCGAAUAUAUUGCGUACUGAUAAGUUACCUACCUCUUGGAGAAGACAUUUUUAUAACAACUAUUGUAUAGAUAGAAUCUAGGUUAAGUGAAACUCAGUUGUUUGCUAUUAAAUGGGAAUGAAUAUUGUGUCACUAAACGAUGUGAAGUGAUGAAAGUGCACUCACUGCGAUUGGAAUUAUUUAUUCGAAUAUAUGUAGACGUUUUGAAACUGCAACUGCAGUGCGAAUGGCAUUGAUAUCUUGAAUAACAUCCUCGCAACGGCUCAGAAAUCGAAUGGAACAAAAAGGUUGCAGUUGUAGUAACGUAAUUUCCAGCCAUUCCAUUCGUUCCCUUAUGUGGGACUAGAUACUUUUCUGCAAAUAUUAUUGGUUCUUCAUGACAAUAUAAGGUAAAUGGCUCUAGAAAUUAAUGUUUUCAAUUUCAGUUUCAUCGAAAAAUAUUCAAAUGUUGAGUAAUGGCUUAGAACCAAAACCCACAGCAAUGUUAUUCUAUUUUGAGGAGCCAUUUCUAAUCAGUGUACAAUAUUCUAUUUAAACAAUCAAAAUUAUUUUAUCCUCGAAUGCUUUCAUAUUAUCUAGUCUAAUUGCUGCUUCACUAUGCUUAGUUGAUAAUAAAUGAGCAGCUUCAUUUUUAGUAUAUUAUCUAAAGAUUUUCCAAAAAUUAUGACAAAUUAAAGUUCUCUUAGGUUUAUUCGAUAUAAUCUCAUUGUUUUCUCGACCACAUUAUCGUAAUGUAACUUUAGAAUUAGUGAAUAGGUUUCACAGAUACGGAUUAUGAGAAUAAAUGUGUUAGGAAAAAAGUGUAAGAAAAAUAUUCAAAUAUCGAAUUAGUGUAAGGUAUACAUAUGUUAUUUAUCAUUUUUGUUAUUUAUAUUUUAUGUUUCUCUUAUGUACACAAAAUACAGAUUGUAAAUUGAAAACGA